AGUUAAACUGUCAUGCAGUGUCAUAUGUCUCUCUUCCAACCCCUCAGCUGCUUUGUGUCUGUGUGCGAAAGAGAAACAUGGAAAAUUGUGUUGAAUCUCGGUUUCUUAUUGAAAAAUAGUGUUGUGCAUUUGACCAAAUAAUAGAGGGUAAAACAGAAACAAAAAAAGAAAGAAAAAAUAGAAAAGUGAGCCCCAAAAUUCCAAAUUCCCGCCCUCUCAAACACCAAAAAACAACAAAAGGAAAAGAGGAAAAUUGAGCAACAGAGGAUAGAAGAGAAAAGUUCAGCGGGAAAAUCUCUCGAGGGCGAGAGAGAGAGAGAGGGAGUGAGGCAGGAAGCUGGGUUUUUGGACCAGAAGCAGUGGAAGUGUUAAGGUUAAGGAAUCUGGGAUCGCAGGGUCUAGAGCUACGUCUAUUGCAAUGUCUGACAUCGGAAGUGGUGACGAAAGUGGUCAGAAAUAUCAUGUGCAGGGCAUGGAUGGAAAUGGUGGUGACUUUGGGGAUCCUGGACAGUCUUCUGGUCAGCAGACUGAACAGGAAUUGGCCACAAAGAUGCUCCAAAUCCAGUCAAAACGUUUCUAUCUCGAUGUCAAGCAAAAUCGACGUGGACGUUUUAUUAAAGUAGCCGAAAUUGGUGCAGAUGGUCGACGUAGUCAAAUAUUUUUGGCACUUUCAACAGCUGCCGAAUUUCGAGAUCAUCUUUCGACAUUUAGUGAUUACUAUGCAUCAUUAGGACCCCCAAAUCCCGAGAGUGUACCCGAAGAUGGGAAACUAAAGUCAGAAAUGAUGAUCAAGGACAAUAGACGAUACUAUCUGGACUUGAAAGAGAAUGCACGUGGACGAUUCUUAAGGGUCUCGCAAACAAUCACACGAGGCGGUCCGAGAUCGCAAAUAGCAAUUCCGGCACAAGGAAUGAUUGAAUUCCGAGAUGCUCUCACUGAUUUACUUGAGGAGUUUGGAACAAAUGACGGAGGAUUCAAAGGAGAACUGCCGGAGGGUCGUCAUAUGAAGGUCGACAAUAAGAACUUCUAUUUCGACAUUGGACAAAACAAUCGUGGUAUCUAUAUGAGAAUUAGUGAGGUGAAAAGUAAUUUUCGGACUGCAAUAACAGUACCGGAGAAAUGCUGGUCUCGAUUUCGUGACAUCCUCACUGACUAUUGCGACAAAAUGAAAAAAUCGUCCGACACGCCUAUCACUGCCGAAACUAACCUACAAACUUCUAAUAGUUUAAAAUAAAAGAAAAAUAAUAAUAAUUUAAAAAAAAAAUAAUAGCAAAAAAAAUAUAUUUAAAAAUAAAAAAAAAAACGAGAAUGAGGAAGGAAAAAAAAACAGCAGAACCACUUAAAAAAAAAAGAUAAAUGAUAGCAAAGAUUCUCAAAGGGGAGUUCUGAGGAGUUUGGCAAAGAAAACAGCAACAAAAAAAAAUAGCAAAAAAAAAUACAAAAAAUAGAACACAAGUUGAUGAAAAAAAAAACAUAGAAGGUUAUAAAUUUAAAUAGAGAAAGAGAUAUGAAAAAGAAAUGAGACGGGAGAAGAAUUAGGACACAAGUUACAAAAAAAAUGAAAAAAAAACAAAAUGAUAAAAAAUUAUUAUUAAAUUAAAAAUAAUAAAUUUAAUGAGAAAGAGAUGAAAACAAAGAAAAAAAAAGAAACAAAAAAUGAAAUGGAAAUAAGAUACAAAAAAAAAGAAAAAUAAAAGUAAAUGAAGAAAAUGGAUUAUAAAUUAUUUAGAGAAAGAUGGUUAAAAUGGAGGAUGAUUUAAAAAGAAAAAUUAAAAAAAAAAAACAGAAAUGAGAAAUAAAAAAAAUAGAGUUAUAUAUGAAAAAGAGAGAUAUAUAUAUAGGAAAAAAAAAAAACAAAGAAAUUAUAUUAAAAACAAAGCAUAGGAACUGUCAAAGAUUUAAACAAAAACCUUUAAAAAAAAACAUGUUGGAAAACGAGGCGAAUAUUCAGAGAAUUUGAAGAAUAGAAAAAUAAAAAGAAAAAAAACUCAAUCCUAAAUUUAACAAAUUUAAUUAAUAAAAAUUAAAAAAAAGAAAAACACCAACAAAUCCGAAAUAUAUUUUAAUUUUUUAUUAAUUAUUGUUAUUAAUUAAAAGAAAAAUAGGACAAAACAAAAAGAUUUAUUUGCUAUUUUUAAAUUUUUCUCAAUUGAGAAUAAUUUUUUGAAGAUUCUUUUGUUUAUUUUUUUUUAAAUUUCAAGUUACUAUUAUUUAAAUAAAUAAAAAAAAUAUAUAUAUGAACAUUAAAAAGUAGAAUUACAAAAGAAGAAACAGAAGCAUUAUAAUCACGUUUUUUUUUAGUAACUGUUUUUCCUUUAUUUUUUUUCUUUUUUAAUUCUAUAUUUGAAAAAAAAAAACAUUUUUACCUUUUAAUAAUUUAUUUCCAAUCUUAGAUACUUGUAUAGAAAUUGCUAAAUAAAUUUAAAAAAAAAAAUUAAAUGAAGAAAAGAAGAAGAAAAAAUAGAGAAAGGUGGAGAAUUAAAGAAAAAAAAAGUAAAUAGAAAAUACAAAUCACAGAAAAACCCUUUUUGAAAAAAGAUUAAAAGAAGUAAAAAAAAAAAAAACAAAAAAAACCUAUCAGUGUUGACAAAGAUUAUAUUUGUUGAACAUUUAUUCCAAGUUAAUGUUUAAAAAGAAAAAAGCAACAAAAAAAAAGAAUCAUAAAACACAAAGAAGAGAGAAAGAAAGAAAGUUUAAAGAAGUUUACAAAAAAAAAAGAGCGAUGUCAUAUUGAAUCUUCUCAAAUCGACAUGCCAAAAUUGUUUAAAAAAAAAAACUUUUUUUUUAAGGAUUGAAGGUUCUCUGAAAUGAUGGAAAAUAUUCGCGGGGCGCGAAUCCGCGAAAAAUACGCGGCCCGUGAAAAUACGUGAAAAAUACGCGACCAGCGAGAAUCUGGGAAAAAUUCUCGCUCCGCGCAAAUCCGUGAAAAUUACGCAUCUCGCAAAAAUCCGCAAAAAAUACGCGGCCCGCAAAAAUACGUGAAAAAUACGCGCUCCGCAAAAAUCCGUGAAAACUUCUCGCUCCGCGCAAAUCCGUGAAAAUUACGCAUCUUGCAAAAAUCCGCAAAAAAUACGCGGCCCGCGAAAAUACGUGAAAAAUACGCGGCCAGCGAAAAUCCGGGAAAAAUUCUCGCUCCGCGCAAAUCCGUGAAAAUUACGCAUCUCGCAAAAAUCCGCAAAAAAUACGCGACCCGCGAAAAUACGUGAAAAAUACGCGCUCCGCAAAAAUCCGCGAAAACUUCUCGCUCCGCGCAAAUCCCCGAAAAAUACGCGGCCCAUGAAAAUACAUGAAAAAUACGCGGCCAGAGAAAAUACGUGGAAAAUAUGCGGCCAGCGACAAUCCGCGAAAAAUUAUCGCUCCGCGCAAAUCCGUGAAAAUUAUGCAUCUCGCAAAAAUCCGCAAAAAAUACGCGACCCGCGAAAAUACGUGAAAAAUACGCGCUCCGCAAAAAUCCGCGAAAACUUCUCGCUCCGCGCAAAUCCCCGAAAAAUACGCGGCCCAUGAAAAUACAUGAAAAAUACGCGACCAGAGAAAAUACGUGGAAAAUAUGCGGCCAGCGACAAUCCGCGAAAAAUUAUCGCUCCGCGAAAAUAUGUGUAAAAUACGCGGCCCGUGAAAAUCCGCGAAAAUUAAGAGCCCCGCGAAAAUAAAUGAAAAAAAUUAGCACUCCGCAAAAAUCCGAGAAAAAUAAGCGGUCCGUGAAAAUCCGCGAAAAUUACGCGGCCAGCUAAAAUACCUGAAAAAUACGCGGCCCGAGAAAAUACGUGAAAAAUACGCGGCCAGCGAAAAUCCGCGAAAAUAUUCGCGCCCCAUGAAAAUUACGCGUCCCGCAAAAAUCAUCGAAAAUGUUCACGCUCCGCGCAAUACCGCGAAAAAUACGCGCCUAGAGAAAAUCCGCGAAAAAUACGCAGCCAGCGAAAAUUCGCGCCCCGCGAAAUACACGAAAAAUUCCCGCUCCGCGAAAAUUACGCGUCCCGCUAAAAUCCGUGAAAAUAUUCGUACUUGUACAUCAGAGUUGUGCAAGAACCGUUCGAAAUGUCAAAUGGUCAAAACGCUACCUCUGGGUAAAUUUAUUUUGACGUUUAUUCGGUUUCAAAUUCAAAAGAUUUAUUCUCUUUUACGUUCGGGAUAUACAUUCACCUAGAAAAGGUCCUUACGCCGAAAGAUCCUAGCUCUAUGCUGCAGACUCUGAAGAAAUCUGACUAUUGUCAUUCAUAGUCGUUUUCAAACGUUCUCAAACGUUCUCAAACAGUUCUCAAGUGACUGUUCACUGGUUCAGUAUAUCUCUGCAUCGUUUUCUGAAGAUUAACUUCCUUCGGCAAGAAUCCGGCUAGCUAUGUCAACGAUCAACGGUCAAGACCGCAACGAUCCGAGGAGCUACUGACCAGGAUAAUCCAGAUCCAACCAAGUACUGAACCUCACUCAAUACAUUUGAGGACGGAUUCGUCCAGGACCCUUUGCUACGGAACCUAGGCAUCUCCUAGGCCUCGAAGCAAUACCGGAGGGAUGCCAUCCCUUCGGUUUUUGUCGUGUCCAAGGAAAGUCUAUCAGAAGGCGAUGGGGUUUCUUCAAAAGUGACUAGUUCUGCCACAAAAUGACGAAACGUAGCCAUGAUCCCCUGGUCAGAAAUCAACCAAAAUUUGUGGGAAGUCGCCUCCUGACCCAACGAAACCUUCGCGAUUGAGUCUACUCAACUCUUGCGUCCUUGAUCCUUAGACGAGGCAGGAAACUCUUCAACUGUUUUCAGACUAUUCUGACGCUUUUUUGAGGUAAAUAGCCCAACGUAGCCAUGAUCCUCUGGUCCUAGGUCAAUCAAAAUUUGUAGGAAGUGGCCUCCUGACUUAACGAAACCUUGACGAUUGAGUCUACUCAACUCUCAUGUCCCUGAUCCUGAAAAGAGUCAAAGAAAUGGACUAUUCCGAGUAUUCCGACGCUUUUUUGAGGUAAAUAGCCCAACGUAGACAUGAUCCCCUGGUCCUAGGUCAAUCAGAAUUUGUAGGAAGUAGCCUUCUGACUUAACGAAACCUUGACGAUUGAGUCUACUCAACUUUUGCGUCCUUGAUCUUGAAAAGACUCAAAGAAAGUCAUUAUUCCGACCAUUCCGACGCUUUUUUGAGGUAAAUAGCCCAACGUAGCCAUGAUCCCCUGGUCCUAGGUCAAUCAGAAUUUGUAGGAAGUAGCCUCCUGACUUAACGAAACCUUGACGAUUGAGUCUACUCAACUCUCAUGUCCCUGAUCCUGAAAAGAGUCAAAGAAAUGGACUAUUCCGAGUAUUCCGACGCUUUUUUGAGGUAAAUAGCCCAACGUAGACAUGAUCCCCUGGUCCUAGGUCAAUCAGAAUUUGUAGGAAGUAGCCUCCUGACUUAACGAAACCUUGACGAUUGAGUCUACUCAACUCUCGUGCCCUUGAUCCUCAAAAGAGUCAAAGAAAUGGACUAUUCCGACCAUUCCGACGCUUUUUUGAGGUAAAUAGCCCAACGUAGCCAUGUUCCCCUGGUCCUAGGUCAAUCAGAAUUUGUAGGAAGUAGCCUCCUGACUUAACGAAACCUUGACGAUUGAGUCUACUCAACUCUUGCGUCCUUGAUCAUGAAAAGAAUCAAAGGAAUGGACUAUUCCGACCAUUCCGACGCUUUUUUGAGGUAAAUAGCCCAACGUAGCCAUGUUCCCCUGGUCCUAGGUCAAUCAGAAUUUGCAGGAAGUAGCCUCCUGACUUAACGAAACCUUGACGAUCGAGUCUACUCAACUCUUGCGUCCUUGAUCCUUAGACGAGCCUGGAAACUCUUCAAUUGUCUUCAGACUAUUCCGACUCUGAAGUAAAUGGCCCAACGUAGCCAUGAUCUCGUGGUCCUAAGUCAAUCAGAAUUUGUAGGCACUCGUGCCUUGACCCAACGAAACCUUGACGAUUGAGUCUACUCAACUCUCGCGUCCUUGAUCUUGAAAAGACUCAAAGAAAGGGACUAUUCCGAGUAUUCCGACGCUUUUUUGAGGUAAAUAGCCCAACGUUGCCAUGAUCCCCUGGUUCUAAGUCAAUCAGAAUUUGUAAGAAGUGGCCUCCUGACUUAACGAAACAUUCGCGAUUGAGUCUACUCAACUCUUGCGUCCUUGAUCUUGAAAAGAGUCAAGGAUGACCGAGUCAGUUUGGGAACUUUUUAGGUACUCAGAGCUCUUUCUGACCCAUUUGAGACUGCAGCGCCCUCUGAUAUUAAUUCUAUUCAAGAGAAUAUUCAAGAGAACUAUCUUAGAAUUCUAAGGCCCUUACUCCUUUUCCAUAAUCCAAUAAUUUUUUGGCAUUUGACUUGGGAAUUUUCUGGCUCGCCAAAGAUCUUCGCAUAAGAAGAUGACAUGUUGUUUUUUUUCUACCUUUUUUUAAUUCUCUAAUUUUUAUUUAUAUUUUUAGUAUUACUAUUAUUAUUAUUAUUAUUUUGUAAAGUUGCCUAACUCUAAAAAAAAAAAACAAAUUUGUAUAGAAUAUAUUUAUAGUCUAUUUCUUUCAAUUUGUUGUAGUAUUUUUUUUUUAUUUUUAUUCUCUCUCUUUACAAUGAGGUUCGAUGGAAGAAGAAGAAGAUGGCAAAAAGGAAGGAAUUACAACAAAUAAUUAAAAAAAAAGAGUUUAAAAACAGAAGCAAUCUUGUUUGGAAGAUUUAUUUAAAAAAAAACAAAAAAUAAAAGAAAUAAUAUGAAGUUACAGAAAAAAAUUUAAAAAAUAAAUAAAUAAAUAAAAAUGAAUAUUAUUAAAUUGUUAUGAGAAAAGUUUGUUUUUUUUAAUUUUUUUUAUAAGAUACAAAGUUUUUCUGUUAUUUUUGUUUCAUUAAGAGAAGAAAUAUUUAAUAAAAAGAAAAAUGAAAAAUAUUGAGAAAAUUGUGUAAAUUUUUAGCUUGAAUGAUCAAGAAGAAAAAGCAAAAAAAAAAAAGAAAAUUAACAACCAGAAGAAGAAAUAGAAGAUUUUAUUAGAAGGAAGGAUAGAAAGAAUGAAGAAAAAAAUAUGGAGAGAAGAUGUGUUAAAAUGCUGUAAUAUUAGUUUAAACUUAAUAUAAAGUAUAUUUUGUAGUAUAUGUAUAUAUUAUAUAUUUUUAAUAUAUUAUAUACAUAUAGUUGGUAUAUUUAAAAAGAAGAAAUUUAAAAGAAAUAAUACAAAAAAGAUACAAAAGAAAAAUAACUUUAAAAAAAAAAGAAGAUAAACAAAAUAAAAAAAAGAGCAAAGUCCCCAAAAUUAACGGUGAUUUUGAAUGGUUAAGUUUGUGUUGGACGGGGUGAUGGGAAGUGAAAUCAGAAUUUAAAAAAAAAAAGGAUUUUAAAGAAAAAAAAGAGAAUAUUAAAAUUUAGAAAGAAAAAAAGUUAUUUUAAUUACCUUUCAUCUUUUUCUUUUUGUUUAAAAAACAAAAAACUUAGAGAGAAAAAAACUUAUACAAUGGAAAGUCUUUGAAAAAGACAAAAAAAUUAUUUGAAAAAAUAAAAAAAUUGUGAAUAUUGUUUCAAAAACAUCAAAAUAAAAAGAAUUAACAAAAAAAAAACAAAUGUGAUGAGACGCCUAGCGUUAAACACAAGGAAGGUAAAAAGGAGGAGGAGGAUAGGAUUUUGGCUGCAGAUGUGUCACUCGAUUCUUUAAAUAAAUUAUUUCCUCUGUUCCAUUGAAGAAAAUUUAAUAAAAAAAAGGAAAAUAAAAGGCAAAAUGACCAAAGACGAAAUAUUGCAACAUCUCGAAUUCGUUUUUUCUUCUUGAUUUUGUUUUAUUUAUUUCUUUUUGUAAAUUAAAAAAAAAAAGAUUCUUUUUAGCAAAGACAAGAAACCCAAUUGAGCGAAGACACAAACCUAGAUAGAGGUAAAGCAAAGAAAAGAAGCAUUAAACAGAAAGAAAAGCUAAUCUCUUUUUCUCUUUUUUUAUUUCUCGAGGAAAAAAAUAAUUUAAAAAAAAACACACAAACACACACCAGAUGGCGUUGAACCCUAAACUAGAUCAAGAGAUUUAACUGAGAAAAAAAAGUGUUAGGUUAUAGAUAAUAAAUGACAUGAAUUAAAGGAGAAAUAUUGAAGAAAAAAAA